UUUUUCUUUUUUUUUUUCUUUAAUAUAAAUUAAUUCAUCAUGUCUUUGUCUAACAAGCUUUCCAUUCGUGACGUCGACCUCAAGGAUAAGCGUGUCCUCAUUCGUGUUGACUUCAACGUUCCCUUGAAGGAUGGUGAAAUCACCAACAACAACCGUAUUGUUCAAGCUCUCCCCACUGUCAAGUAUGCUCUUGAACAAGGUGCUGCUGCUGUCAUCUUGAUGUCUCACCUUGGUCGUCCUAAUGGUGAAGCUGUUCCCAAGUACUCCUUGAAGCCUGUUGCUGCUGAAGUUGAAAAGCUCUUGGGUAAGCCUGUUGAAUUCCUUAACGACUGUGUUGGUCCCGAAGUUGAAAAGGUCUGCCAAGCUGCCACUGGUGGUAAGGUCAUCCUCUUGGAAAACCUCCGUUAUCACAUUGAAGAAGAAGGUUCUGCCAAGGUUGAUGGUAAGAAGAUCAAGGCUGAUGCUGAAAAGGUCAAGGCCUUCCGUGCUUCUUUGACCUCUCUUGCCGAUGUUUACAUUAACGAUGCCUUCGGUACCGCUCACCGUGCUCACUCCUCCAUGGUUGGUGUUGAACUCCCUCAACGUGCUGCUGGUUUCCUUAUGCAAAAGGAACUCGAAUACUUUGCUAAGGCUCUUGAAAACCCUGCUCGUCCUUUCCUUGCCAUCCUCGGUGGUGCUAAGGUCUCUGAUAAGAUCCAAUUGAUUGAAAACAUGCUUGACAAGGUUAACGCUUUGAUCGUCUGUGGUGGUAUGGCUUUCACCUUCAAGAAGAUCCUUAACAAUGUCAACAUUGGUACUUCCCUUUUCGAUGAAGAUGGUUCCAAGUUGGUUGAAAACCUCGUUAAGAAGGCUCAAGAAAAGAAUGUCAAGAUGCUCUUCCCCAUCGAUUUCGUCACUGCUGACAAGUUCGCCCCCGAUGCCAAGACUGGUUAUGCUACUGAUGCCACUGGUAUCCCUGAUGACUGGAUGGGUCUUGACUGUGGUGCUGAAUCCAGCAAGCUCUUCCGUGAAGAAAUCUUGAAGGCCAAGACCAUCGUCUGGAACGGUCCUUCUGGUGUCUUUGAAUUCGAUGCCUUCGCUAACGGUACCAAGAACGUCCUUAGCGCUGUCAUUGAUGCCACCAAGGAAGGUGCUACCACUAUCAUUGGUGGUGGUGAUACCGCUACUGCUGCUCUCAAGUGGGGUGCUGGUGAUAAGGUCUCUCACAUCUCCACUGGUGGUGGUGCCUCUCUCGAACUCCUCGAGGGUAAGGAACUCCCUGGUGUCACUGCUCUUUCUAGCAAGAACUAAAUUGUUUUAAUUUAAAAAUUUGCAUGUAUCAUCCUAUUCUUUUUUUUUCCCCCUUUUAUUUCAUCUAUUUUUCAUUUGUUAAAUAAAUUGUUAUAUUAGUAUAUAAGAGCAUAUAUAAUAAUUUCACUUC